ACGAAGCUGGAGAGGCUCAGAGGAGACCGCUUCGGCGAGCAGCCGGAGCACCACCGCGCACCUCACUCCGGCGGUGCCUUUGCCCGCUACACCGACGACCACGUCGCUCCCCAUGACAGGAGCUUCGAUCAUCACAGGGCCGGUUUCUCCGGCGACGGCCACCACCACCACAACCACAAUCACCAUUUCAAUGGUGAACCGAAUGACUCGUAUGGCGGUGGUGGAUUCCGGACAAUUGGCGGUGGCGGGCACGUUCCCGAUCACUUCGGGCCCUUUUCUGGCAGGAAGAGAUGGUUGAAUCACUCCGGUCAUGAUUACAAUGAGGGUGUCGCCUUUGUGAAACUUUAUGUUGGAUGCGUUCCAAGAACUGUAACAGAAGAAGAUAUUCGCUCCUUGUUUGAAGAACAUGGAAAGAUUGUUGAGGUUGUUUUACUCAAGGAUAAGAGAACUGGCCAACAACAAGAAUGCUGUUUUGUAAAAUAUGCAACCAUGGACGAAGCUGACAGAGCUAUUAAAGCUUUAAAUAACCAACGAACUUUGCCUGGGGGAGUGGCAGCCAUCAAAGUUAGAUAUGCUGAUGGGGAACGGGAGCGCCUUGCUAAUUGCCCUACACUUGCAAAAGCAGGGCUAGCAGGGCCAGCAGGGCCAGGACCAGCAGGACCAGCAGGACCGGCAGGACCGGCAGGACCAGCAGGACCGCCAGGACCAGCAGGACCGGCAGGACCAGCAGGACCGGCCGGGCCGGCAAGGCCAGCAGGGCCAUUUGAGGACAAACUCUAUGUUGGUUAUCUGAACAAGCAAGCUUCAAAAAGGGAAAUUGAGGAAAUAUUUUCCCCUUAUGGCAUCGUUGAAGAUAUCUUCAUUGUACGGGACGACAUGAAGCAGAGUCGUGGUUGUGGAUUUGUUAAGCUUUCUAAUAGAGAUAUGGCAGUGGCAGCAAUCAAUGCUCUAAAUGGAAAUUACGUGAUGAGGGGUUGUGAUCAGCCACUAAUUGUCCGUUUUGCGGAUCCUAAGAAGCCUAGGAUUGGAGAAUCAAGAGGCCAUGUUGCGUUUGGUGGCCCAAAGUUUGGUCCCCGGUCUCAAGAACCACUCGGUUGGCCUGCACCUAAUGUUGGUGACCCCAUGUGGAGGCAAUUCUUGCCUAAUCCUCUGUAUCCAGGGAGUCCAAACAGCACAGCAUCAUCAUGCCAAGUUAUGCAAAGCAACUCCAGUGCUUCAGUACAACCAAUACCAGCUCAUUCACAACCACAAGUUGUUUCCCAAACAGCAAACCAGCAGCCUAAUGUUCCUAGCGCUGUGCAGCCACCGCUUCAUACGUGGCAGCAGUCACCUUCACAGGAGUUACAACAGGCACAUACUCUACAGAAAGGCUCUCAGUCAUUGAAAGAAGCAGUCUCUGAGAUGCAGAAACAGUUGCAUCUGAUUCCACCUCCAACCCAAAACUUGGAGCAGCAGCAGAAUUCCCAUGUUACUACACAGCAGACUGGAAGCAAUCCUCAGACAGUUGCAAGCACUGGUACCCUACCACCAGCAGUUUUGCCUUCAAUUGUAUCUUCUUCUCCUGCAGUUUGUGCAAGUUCUGAAACAGCAGAUCUUCUAGAAUGUGAUUGGAGUGAACACAUCUGCCCAGAUGGAUUCAAGUAUUAUUACAAUUGUGAAACUUGCGAAAGCAGGUGGGAGAAGCCUGAGGAGUAUAUCUUAUUUCUACAACAGUUACCAAAGCACCAACUACUCCAAAAUCCUUCUGGUCAACAGUGUCAAUCUCCAUGCCACUCACAGGUUCUCUCUACCCAACAAAAUUUUCAAACACAGAUUGUGCCGCUUCAAACAGAGCUCUCCCAUCAGAAAUUGCAUUCACCUUCCUCAUCUUCGCCAGCUGGGUCUUUGUCAUGUGCUAGUAUAGCUAGCAACAAAUCUAGCCACUGCCCAACUGUGUGUCCAACAGGAAGUUGUAGCAGUGAAGGUAUCCGAAGCUGCAUUCCAGCAAAUGUAUAGCAGAAGAAGCUUGGAAAAGCAUGCCUUGUAUAUUAGUUUCAGGGAUAGGAAAGCUGUGAUUGAACCUCCCCAGAGACAUGUAAUGGAAUUGUUACUAAGGUCCAUGUCAAUUGAUUCAGUGGCAAAAGCAAAGGAUAAGGUAAGGCUAUCUCCAAGAGUUCUCUGGAAAAACAAUAUUAUCAAAGUCUCGUGAGUUGUGGCUCCACUUCUCAUCUGUCCCCAAACCUUAAUUUUUUUCAACUACCUAACAGUGAAUAUACUCAGAGAAGCACUUUUCAAACAGGCAAAACCCUAUACGAUCGGAUUUGCUUGAUUACCUGAAUGCAUCUUCCAGUGUGCAUGGCUGAUUCUUGUUCCAUCUCUCAUCAUUAAAGGGAAGUGGUAACUUACUAAAAGCUCUUUUUGAUAAUUGCUGAUUUUUUUUUUAAUAUUUUAAAAAUGCUUAUAAGCGCUUAUUAUUGCUAAAAGGAUUUGAAACUGUUUUACUGAAGAGGGGAGGAUUAUGAAAAAAAAACAACACCUAAUAUGGGGCGCAGCAUCAUCUGAUCACCUCCCUGAAUAAUGAGCAAUAAUUUGCAUUUGCUUUUGUUCGGUGUUUAUUACCCUUCGCUUAUCUAUCUGAUUUGGCCAGCAAUGAUAUGAUCACAUGGACAGAAAGUCACAAAGAAACGUGCUGCUUGAGAACAUGAAUAAGCCAUACAUUCAUUUAAUCAAGAAAGCUCAAAGUUUCCUAAUUUCUCUUAAGAUCUGACGCCCCCCACCCCCCAUAUCUUUCUUGUCUUUUAUUUUCUUUUCUAUAUUUGUAGUUUUUCUUUUUCACACUCCACAUCCUCACCAUUCAAUGGAUGCAUGAUUCAAUCGA